AAGAAGUGAACAUUUUUUAAAGAUCACUCAGCUUUAACACACCUUGGCUGGGUCUGGAUAAAAAAAAAAAGUGGGAACUGCAAACGUCUAGAAGAAAACAUCAGGGAAAGAGAGAGGGGGGAUUUAUUCAAAGUUGUUACCUGUUCCUUCAAAAUCUCAUAUUAGGCGGCUAUGGUAUGGAUGUGACCAAGAAAAGCAAGCGGGAUGGCACUGAAGUUACUGAAAGAAUUAUCACCGAAACAGUAACUACCAGACUUACAUCCUUACCGCCAAAAGGGGGGACCAGCAAUGGCUAUGCUAAAACGGGCUCUCUCAGUGGAGGGAGCCGGCUGGAGAAACAGAGUCUGACCCAUGGCAGCAGCGGCUACAUAAACUCAAGUGGGAGCACCCGAGGCAAUGCCUCCACCUCCAGUUACAGGAGAGCUCCUUCACCCGCCUCCACUCUGCCCCAUUCGCCAGGCUCAACCUUUGAAAGGAAAACUCACAUCACCCGCCAUGGAACAUACGAAGGGAGCUCCAGCGGCAAUUCUUCUCCGGAGUACCCUCGGAAGGAAUUUGCAUCUUCUUCAACCAGAGGACGGAGCCAAACACGAGAGAGUGAAAUCCGAGUUCGACUGCAGAGUGCAUCCCCAUCUACCCGAUGGACAGAACUGGAUGAAGUUAAACGACUGGUCAAGGGGAGCCGAUCAGCAAGUGUGAGCCCCACUCGGAAUUCUUCCAACACACUCCCCAUCCCCAAGAAAGGCACUGUGGAAACCAAAACCGUGAGCUCCCAGUCAGUGUCUGGUACCUAUGACACAACCAUCCUGGAUGCCAACCUUCCCUCCCACAUGUGGUCCUCCACCUUGCCAGCAGGGUCCUCCAUGGGGACCUAUCACAACAACAUGGCAACGCACAGCUCAUCCCUCCUCAACACCAAUGCCUACUCUGCAGGAUCGGUCUUUGGAGUUCCAAACAACAUGGCAUCCUGCUCCCCUACUCUGCACCCCGGAAUCAGCACCUGCUCCUCAGUGUUUGGCAUGCAGAACAAUCUGGCCCCCAGCUCAUCUGCCUUGUCCCAUGGCAUGGCCACCACCUCUACAGCAUAUGGUAUAAAGAAAAACGUACCCCAGAACCCUGCCGUUGUGAGCACUGGCGUGUCCACCUCUGCCGCCUGUACCACAAGUGUCCAGAAUGACGACUUCUUGCACAAGGACUGUAAAUUCCUGAUCCUGGAGAAAGACAACGUGCCUGCCAAGAAGGAGAUGGAGCUGCUGAUCAUGAACAAGGACAGCGGGAAGGUCUUUACUGCCUCCCCUGCCAGCAUCGCUGCAACUUCUUUUUCAGAUGACACCCUAAAAAAGGAAAAGCAAGCUGCCUACACCACUGACACCAACCUAAUCUUGGAAACAAAUGGAGACGUGAAGACCGUGUCCACAAAGGGCAAGGCGGCCUCCGCAGAAAUCCACAGCUACGACCGACAUAACGGAGUUGGUGGCGUUAAAGUUGGCGGUGGCGGCAGUGGUGCUGGCGGGGGUCCGUUGGGGGCAGCACCCGCCUGGUGUCCCUGCAGCUCCUGCUGCAGCUGGUGGAAAUGGCUGCUGGGGCUGCUGCUCACCUGGCUGCUGCUCCUGGGGCUGCUCUUCGGCCUCAUUGCUCUGGCGGAGGAGGUGAGGAAGCUGAAAGCGCGUGUGGACGAGCUGGAGCAAAUCAGGAGCAGGAUGGUGGAUUAUGAGAGGAUGCAGAAGAGCAACAAAGAGCAGCUACAGGGGAUGGCGCCCAGGGUGGACAAGUCUCAGCGGGACUCCUACAGUCAGGAGGCGCUCUGGCUGUUCAUAAGGGAAAAGCUGAUGACGGAGCAAGAAAACGGCAAUCUCCGAGGAAACCCUGGCCCUAAAGGUGACAUGGGAAGUCAAGGCCCUAAAGGAGAUCGAGGACUCCCUGGGACUCCAGGUAUCCCUGGGCUCUUGGGACACCCAGGUCCAGAAGGACCAAAGGGACAAAAGGGCAACAUAGGAGAGCCUGGCAUGGAGGGACCUGUGGGCCUGAGAGGGCAGGUGGGCCCCGUGGGACCUCGUGGUGAACCAGGGCCACCUGGAUUUGGAGAGAAAGGGGACAGAGGGCCUGCUGGUGGACCAGGUAUUCCGGGCCCACCUGGUGUCCCAGGUUCUGUGGGUCCCAAAGGUGCCAACGGUUCUCCUGGCCCACAGGGUCCCCCAGGCCCUGUAGGUCUCCAAGGGUCCCGAGGCGAAGUGGGACUCCCUGGUGUCAAAGGUGACAGAGGACCUAUUGGACCACAAGGACUCAAAGGUGACCAGGGUGAGAAAGGAUCUCGAGGCCUCACAGGGGAGCCGGGCUCAAGAGGCCUACCUGGUGCUGUGGGUGAGCCUGGAGCUAAAGGAGCAAUGGGACCCGCUGGCCCUGAUGGACACCAAGGCCCAAGAGGUGAACAAGGUCUCACAGGGAUGCCUGGAACCAGAGGCCCACCAGGACCUUCUGGAGACCCAGGAAAGCCAGGUCUCACAGGACCCCAAGGACCUCAGGGUCUUCCUGGAACCCCUGGCCGACAAGGUCCUAGAGGUGAACCAGGAGCUCCAGGCAGGAUCGUGACUGCAGAGGGGGCAUCGACUCUCACUGUCCCAGGUCCCCCAGGACUUCCUGGAGCCAUGGGACCCCCAGGACCUCCAGGUGCUCCAGGUCCCGUUGGCCCGGCCGGUCUCCCAGGACAGCAAGGCCCUCGAGGGGAGAUAGGACUCACUGAUGGUCUUGAUUUACGAGGUCCCCCAGGCCCACCUGGGCCACCUGGGCCACCAGGUUCCAGUUCUCUGGGAUUCGACCUGCAGGGGCCACCAGGCCCACCUGGCCCUCAGGGACCCAAAGGUGACAAAGGUGAUCCCGGAUUCCCAGGGACUCCUGGCAUUCCUGGCGGUCCCUCUCAUGGGGGAUCAUCAUCUGACACCAUGUUCAUGCAGGGCCCGCCAGGCCCACCGGGGCCCCCCGGGCUUCCUGGCUCCUUCAGCAGCUCUGGCCUGGAGAUUCAGCAGUACAUCUCUGAGUACAUGCAGAGUGACAGUGUUAGGUCCUAUCUAUCUGGAGCUCCGGGUCCCCAGGGCCCACCUGGUCCCCCUGGGCCUGUCACCACCAUCACGGGUGAGACUUUCAACUACGCAGAGCUGGCCAGCCUCGUCGUGAGCUACUUACAGACUUCAGGGUACAUUAUCAGCUCAUCGUCGUCUGCCUCCAUCACUUCCGAAGACAUGCUGGCUGCCCUACAGCGGGAUGAUGUGCGUCAGUAUCUACGCCAGCACCUGAUGGGCCCUCCGGGUCCCCCAGGGCCAGCAGGAGCCGGCAGAGAUUGGUCCCUCCAGUCUCUGGACUAUGCAGAGCUGACCAGGCACAUUGUCAGCUACAUGUCGAGUUCUGGAGUCAGUAUUGGGCUUCCUGGCCCCCCAGGACCCCCUGGUUUGCCAGGACCAUCCUAUGAGGAGCUCCUCUCCUUAUUCCAAGGACCUGAAUUCAGAGGCAUCGUUGGGCCUCCAGGUCCCCCUGGGCCACCAGGGAUCCCAGGCAACGCAUGGUCCAGCAUCAGUGAGGAGAGCCUCUCGACUUACCUGCACACUGCUGGCUUGUCAUCCAUCCCAGGCCCCCCGGGCCCCCCAGGCCCCCCCGGCCCUCGAGGGCCUCCAGGUGUCUCAGCAGCGCUGGCAACCUAUGCAGCUGAGAACAGCGACAGCUUCCGGAGUGAACUGAUUAGCUACCUGACAAGUCCUGAUGUGCUCAGCUUCAUUGUGGGUCCCCCAGGCCCUCCUGGGCCCCAGGGACCACCUGGAGACAGCCGCCUGGGGUCCAUGGAUGGCUCCUACAGCCAGGGUGGCAGCUCAUCAGUCAGCCGCAGCACCUCCUACAGCUCUUCCAUGGGCAUAGGAGGGACCAGCGGAGGCUCCCUGGGUGAAGGGGGAGCCUUUGGCUCCGACAUUGGCCUGGGCCGAGGCUAUGGCGCAGCAGCAGCAGGUGGCACGUAUGAUGGAGACAGGGAAUUGCUCAGGGCUGGCUUGGCUGGAGGUCUAGAUUACAACGAGCUGGCUGUCCGGGUGUCCGAGAGCUUGCAGCGUCAGGGCCUGCUGCAAGGCAUGGCCUACGCUGCCCAGGGCCCACCAGGCCGGCCCGGGCCUCCGGGGCCUCCCGGCAUCAGCAAGGUCUUCUCUGCCUACAGCAACGUGACUGAAGACCUCGUGGACUUCUUCCGAACGCACGGAGCCAUUCCAGGACCCCCUGGGCAGAAGGGAGAGGUGGGCUUCCCAGGACCCAAAGGUGAGAGGGGCCCUGCGGGGCCACCUGGCCGACCUGGGACUCCUGGCCCUAGAGGACAAAAGGGAGAAAAGGGAGACAAAGGUGACCAAGUCUAUGUUGGACGGAGAAGGAGAAGUAUCGCCACCAAGCCUUGAGCUGCUGUUGGUGGA